GCCAUGGCUCUUUCCAGCUCAUUCAGUGGUCCUGUUUGGAUUUCACAAGGCUGACAUGUCAGAUCCUGGCCAUUGUGUCUAUCCUGUUCAUCGUGCUUUCCACCAUUGCUUUGUCUCUCAACACGCUGCCAGAGCUUCAGGAAACAGAUGAAUUUGGACAACCUAAUGACAAUCGCCAAUUAGCACACGUGGAGGCUGUGUGUAUUGCAUGGUUUACCAUGGAGUACUUGUUGCGAUUCUUAUCCUCACCAAACAAAUGGAAGUUCUUUAAAGGUCCACUGAAUGUCAUUGAUUUGCUGGCCAUCUUGCCAUACUAUGUCACCAUUUUUCUCACGGAGUCCAACAAGAGUGUGCUGCAGUUCCAAAAUGUGAGGCGUGUGGUCCAGAUCUUCCGAAUCAUGCGCAUCCUCAGGAUCCUGAAACUUGCCCGGCAUUCAACAGGCCUGCAGUCUCUGGGUUUCACCCUUAGGCGGAGUUACAAUGAACUGGGCUUGUUGAUAUUGUUUCUGGCCAUGGGGAUAAUGAUAUUUUCCAGCCUUGUAUUUUUUGCUGAGAAGGAUGAAGAUGCUACCAAGUUCACCAGUAUCCCUGCAUCAUUUUGGUGGGCCACCAUCACCAUGACCACUGUUGGUUAUGGUGACAUUUACCCUAAAACGUUACUAGGGAAAAUUGUGGGAGGCCUGUGCUGUAUUGCUGGGGUUCUGGUUAUUGCCCUUCCUAUCCCGAUUAUUGUGAACAAUUUUUCUGAGUUUUACAAGGAGCAGAAACGCCAAGAGAAAGCAAUUAAAAGGAGAGAGGCUCUCGAGCGGGCCAAAAGGAACGGAAGCAUUGUUUCUAUGAACUUAAAAGAUGCCUUUGCUCGAAGUAUGGAACUGAUAGAUGUGGCUGUCGAGAAGGCUGGAGAGUCCACCAAUACGAAGGACUCCGCCGACGAUAAUCACCUGUCUCCAAGCCGGUGGAAGUGGGCCAGAAAGGCUCUGUCGGAAACAAGCUCCAACAAGUCUUUCGAGAAUAAGUACCAGGAGGUUAGCCAAAAAGACUCCCACGAGCAGCUGAAUAACAUGUCUUCCUCCAGCCCACAGCAUCUGAGUGCCCAGAAACUAGAGAUGCUGUACAAUGAAAUCACCAAGACACAGCCUCAUUCUCACCCAAACCCAGACUGCCAAGAAAAGCCUGAGAGGCCAUCUGCUUAUGAAGAAGAGAUUGAAAUGGAAGAAGUGGUGUGUCCGCAGGAGCAGCUGGCCGUGGCACAGACUGAGGUCAUCGUGGACAUGAAGAGCACCUCCAGCAUUGACAGCUUUACCAGCUGUGCCACCGACUUCACGGAGACGGAGAAAUCACCCCUGCCACCGCCCUCCGCCUCACACUUGCAGAUGAAGUUCCCAACCGACUUCCCAGGGACAGAAGAGCACCAAAGAGCUAGGGGCCCCCCAUUUCUAACUCUAUCCAGAGAGAAAGGGCCUGCUGCCAGGGAUGGCACACUGGAGUAUACCCCAGUUGACAUAACUGUGAACCUCAAUGCCAGUGGUUCCCAGUGUGGGCCACACAGUCCUUUGCAGUCUGACAAUGCCACCGACAGUCCUAAGAGCUCUCUAAAAGGCAGCAACCCACUAAAGUCCAGAUCCCUCAAAGUGAACUUUAAAGAAAAUAGAGGCAGUGCACCACAGACCCCACCCAGCACAGCCAGGCCACUGCCAGUCACAACAGCUGACUUUUCGCUCACCACCCCGCAGCACAUCAGUACCAUCCUCUUAGAAGAAACCCCCUCCCAAGGAGACAGACCCUUGCUGGGUGCUGAGGUUUCAGCACCUUGUCAGGGACCUUCCAAAGGGCUGUCCCCCAGGUUUCCCAAGCAGAAACUGUUCCCUUUCUCUUCAAGAGAGAGGAGGAGCUUCACUGAAAUAGAUACUGGUGAAGACGAAGACUUCUUAGAGCUCCCAGGGGCAAGGGAGGAGAAACAGGUGGACUCCAGCCCAAAUUGCUUUGCAGAUAAGCCUAGUGAUGGGAGAGACCCUUUAAGAGAAGAGGGCAGCAUGGGCUCUUCCUCCCCACAGGACACAGGUCACAACUGUAGGCAAGACAUUUACCAUGCUGUGAGUGAUGUCAAAAAGGACAGUAGUCAAGAAGGGUGCAAGAUGGAAAACCACUUGUUUGCCCCAGAAAUUCAUUCCAAUCCAGGAGACACAGGUUAUUGCCCCACACGUGAAACCAGCAUGUGACUAGUUAGAAAAGCAAUAAAUAAAAAAAAAAACUUGUUUCUUAAAAAUGCAGUUAAUAAUGCCUGUGAACUAAAAAAAUGGGAAGCCCUCCCCA